UUCUGCACACCUUCGUAGUUUCAGUUCGCCAACUGCGGCUGUCUCAAGCCUCUGACCCAGCUGCAUUUUUUUCUAACCAUCUCUUUCUUCCUCUCAGCUCCAAGGUGGGGAGAAAAAGGAGGGAAAGCCUGCUGAGAGUCUGGGGUGACUGGCACUUGGGAAAGAGUUCCCCAGGACCUCUUUGCUAGAAUCCUCAGGCAUCAGAACUCAGGUCCAGGGGCGCCUCCCGUGGCAGGGCAGUGAAUCCGGAGCCGGUAGGGGUUUCUGACUUGUGCAGGGGCUUGAGCUUCAAGAAGCUAACUGUUCAUCAGAGCCCCAGCAGUCUUCUCUCCUCUUCCAGACUGGAUCCUGUGUGAAUUACCCCACCGGCCCUCGCUGGCUUCAAAUCAUAAAUUCUCACCAACAUAAACAGGAGUUGAUGUCUCUAGAAAGAAGACUCGGGAGUUUUCUUUCUUCUCUUCCCUUCUCUCAUCUCUCCCACUUUUUACUUCUUUAUCUCCUUUUCCUAUUGUAUUUUUAUACAUUUUCCUUUUUAAGCAAAAAUGUGGCUAGUAUUUCCUCAGAAAGGGUCCUGUGGAGGAGGCAGAAGGGGGAUAGGAGGCAGAGGAGAACAGAUGCGUGCUUCCUUUGCCAACUUAAGCUCAGUCACUGUUCCCUGCAAUCUCAGUCUCACCUCUUUAAACCUAAUUGCUCCCCACAUUCCUCUAACCCAAGACUCUCAGCCACUCUCUCUUUCCUCUGGGAACCAUGUUUUAUGAAAUUCCUUUUUCCUUUUGAUUUUUUAAAAUUAUUGGACAAAAAUAUAGCAGUUUAGUGAUGGAGACUCACCCCAUGGAGUGUCAAUCAAGAUUUCUUGUAGGAUUUCUGAGAGCCUUCUCUGAGCUGGGAGGGAAUUCCUCCCAUGAAGAAAACAGAAUGUAAUUUUAGAAGGGGGAAGAUAUAAAAGAUGAAAUCAGGUUGAAAAUACAGAGAUUUCUCUGGCCCAGGCUCUGGCCACAGCAGAGCAAAGUUAUCUGGGUCUGAGAGGUUUCCUGGGAGUACAUCUCUCCUUCCCUGGGUCCUAAGGUCCUGUUUAUGAACAUGCACCCCCUGCUUCACCCCCAAACCUGUUCUCCACAUAAAUAUUUUUAAAAAGAAAUCCAAGUCUUACUUUCAAAUCACACACUUAGUCUCAACUAGGGAAUCAACAGAAGCAGAAGCGAUUUUUUUCCCCCUUCUUGACAUCUGGCUUGCGAUUGGCUGGAAGGGGGUCAGCUGACUUUGUCAUUUUGUCUGUCCUGGAUUGGAGCCGUCCCUAUAACCAUCUAGUUCCGAGUACAAACUGGAGACAGAAAUAAAUAUUAAAGAAAUCAUAGCCCGACCAGGUAAAGGCAAAGGGAUGAAUUCCUACUUCACUAACCCUUCCUUAUCCUGCCACCUCGCCGGGGGCCAGGACGUCCUCCCUAACGUCGCCCUCAAUUCCACCGCCUAUGAUCCAGUGAGGCAUUUCUCGACCUAUGGAGCAGCCGUUGCCCAGAACCGGAUCUACUCGACUCCCUUUUAUUCGCCACAGGAGAAUGUCGUGUUCAGUUCCAGCCGGGGGCCGUAUGACUAUGGAUCUAAUUCCUUUUACCAGGAGAAAGACAUGCUCUCAAACUGCAGACAAAACACCUUAGGACAUAACACACAGACCUCAAUCGCUCAGGAUUUUAGUUCUGAGCAGGGCAGGACUGCGCCCCAGGACCAGAAAGCCAGUAUCCAGAUUUACCCCUGGAUGCAGCGAAUGAAUUCGCACAGUGGAGUCGGCUAUGGAGCAGACCGGAGGCGCGGCCGCCAGAUCUACUCGCGGUACCAGACCCUGGAACUGGAGAAGGAAUUUCACUUCAACCGCUACCUAACACGGCGCCGGCGCAUCGAGAUCGCCAAUGCGCUCUGCCUGACCGAACGGCAGAUCAAAAUCUGGUUCCAGAAUCGCAGGAUGAAGUGGAAAAAAGAAUCUAAUCUCACGUCCACGCUCUCAGGGGGCGGCGGAGGGGCCGCAGCUGACAGCCUGGGCGGAAAAGAGGAAAAGCGGGAAGAGACAGAAGAGGAGAAGCAGAAAGAGUGACCAGGACUGUCCUUGCCACCCCUCUCUUUCCUUCUCCCUUUGCUCACCCCAACUCUCCCCUAAUCACACACUCUGUAUUUAUCACUGGCACAAUUGAUGUGUUUUGACUCUCUAAAGCAAAAUUAGGGAGUCAAACGUGGACCUGAAAGUCAGUUCUGGACCCCCUCCCUCACCGCACAACUCUUCACCAAUGGCCUCCUCCUCCUAGCUCCCUCGCUAGCUCCUUCUCGGCUUGUCUGCAGGCCCCUUUCCCCGCCCAGGCCUUGGGGGCUCUCAGCCCUGAGCCUUGCUUCAGACUCCACAGAUCUCCCUCCACAUGAGGACUUGACUCCCCCUACCAGUCGCUUGACGUCCCCCACCCCCGCCCCCGCGCCCAGAGCGGGCUCGCGGGCCUGGGGCCUCUGUUCCCGGGCCUUAGGGCCCGGCCUGGCAGCCCGGGAGAGCGGGAGGCCCAAGGAGGGCGCGCCUGGGCCCCACAGCAACCCCCAGGGCCUCCCCGCAACCCCUGUCCGGCCCCUCUGCCCCAGCAAAUGCCCAGCCCAGGCAAAUUGUAUUUAAAUAUUCCUGGGGGUCAUUAUGGCAUAUUACAAACUGUGACCGUUUCUGUGUGAAUAUUUUUAGCUGUAUUUGUGGUCUCUGUAUUUAUAUUUAUGUUUAGAGCCCUCAGUGUUCCGAUCUCAUUUUAACAAAAAAGGGGAAAAAAAGAGGGAAAAUUACAAAAAAAGAAAAAAGUGAAUGACAUUUGUUUAGCCAGUAGGAGAAAAUAAAUAAAUAAAUCCCCUCGUGUUACCCUCCUGUAUAAAUCCGACCUCUGGAUCCGUUCUCGAAUAUUUAAUAAAACAUAUUAUUUUUAAAAGUUUA